UCCCAUGUGUCGGCGUGUGUGUAAACAGUUGUAGCAUUACCCGCAGCUAAAGAGAGAAACUGCAGCCCGUAUAACUCGGUGAAAUAUUUAUCUUCUCCCGGAAUACUAUUUCCCUCUGCUAGCGAGCAAAAUGAAGAAGAAAUCCAAGUCUUCGUAUCACAAAUCCGAGAAUACCUACAGGUUUCUCACUUUUGCUGAACGACUCGCCAAUGUGAACAUUAAUGUGAUCCACCGAAUCGACAGAACUGGAGCUUACGCUGAGGAGGUAGAGACUUACUUUUCAGAGGGCCUAACAAAAUGGAGAGACCUCAACUUAACAGAGCAUUUCACUACAUUUUUAAAAGAGGUGUCGAACAAGAGCCAGUCCUUCAACAUGCUGGUUUUCCACCAGAAGUCUAUAGUGGACAGCCUGAAAACUCACCUGGCAGUCAAGGACAGUUUGGCCUACCAGCCCCUACUGGAUCUGGUGGUGCAGCUGGCCAGAGACCUGCAGACCGACUUUUAUCCACACUUCCCCGACUUUUUCCUCCUCCUCACCUCCCUGCUGGACACCAAGGACACAGAGGUGCUGGAGUGGGCUUUCACCUGCCUCUCCUACCUCUACAAGUACCUGUGGAGGCUCAUGGUGAAGGAUAUGACCAACAUUUACAGCCUUUACAGCACACUGCUGGCACACAAGAAGGAGCACAUCCGCAACUUUGCAGCCGAGAGCUUCUCUUUCUUGAUGAGAAAGGUUCCAGAUCUCGACGCUUUGCUGAAUCACAUGUUCUCAGACCUGGAGCAGCACCCUGACAAGGUGAGGGGCGCGGGUCAGCUGCUCUUCGAGAUGUGCAAAGGCGUCCGGAAGAUGUUCCACUCCUGUGCCGCCACAGCUCUUCCUGUUGCGUGGCGGAAGCUCGGCCCCACGACCAGCCGGGGCAUCUCUCUACCUUGGAACGCCGUCAGGGACGCUCUGGAUCACAUGGUCCAGGCGGCUGCCGGCUAUAUAGACAAGGAGCACUUCCUGGUUCUAUGGGAGUCGCUGCAGGUCAGUGUAGAGGAGCUGUCGGAGGCCGCAGGGAAAACGGACGAGGCAGCGGAGCAGCUGGAGAGGCUGCUGUUUGUUCUCCACACCCUGGUGUCCCACAGGGGCGGAGCUAAAGUCACCAACCCGGAGACAGUCUGCGAGAUGUGCGUGCGGCUGAUAGACAGCUCCUCCCUGUCGGCCUCCUGCUCCCGCCUCCUCCUCCAGAUCGUUUCCUCUCUGUUGCUCGGGGAGAACCUCCGCCUGCCCAACACGCUCAUCCAACAAACGGUCCAGAAGAUAUUCGGCAGCACGCUGCAGCAGGAUCUGAUCCUGGAGUUCACCAAGGAGAUGUUCACCAUGAACCAGUUUGAACAGCUCUUCCUCCCCGGCCUGCUGCGCUUCGCCGCCGGGUUGCUGGGACGUGGAGACGCCCCGUCGCGGCACGGCGCUCUCCACGCGCUGGUCGAUCUGAUCCUCGCCAAAGCUCCGCCCCCCACCGACGGCUCCAUGGCCUUUGAAACCUACCCGCUUCUGUUCACCGAUCAGAUCACCAGCAAGGAGGCAGACCAGCAGACGGUUCCAGAGAUGGUUCUGUCCCUGAUCACACUCCCAGAGGAGCGCCCCAUCUCUGACCUGUCGCUGCCCUGGGCCGCCCUGGUUCUGCUGGCGCACCUCAGACCUUUGUCUCCUGCUGCAGUCCUCCCUUCUGUAGCAGCUUUUCUAAAUCACCUUCUCCAGGACAUUGAGGCUGAGAAAAUGGGAAAAGCUGCUCUGUUUGUAGCCAGACAGGCUCUGAGCUGCCUCCUCUCAUUGGACAGUUCUGCCCAGCUGCUCUCCCUGCUGUCUGUAGACAAGGUCCACUCUGUCCUGCGGCGGUUUCCCACAGACAUGUCAGCUCUGCUGCUAGGAGACCUGUACUACUCCCGGCUGUCGCUCAGUGGCGCAUCGGAGCAUCUGUCCCACGCUGUCCUGCUGGAGAUCUACGACAAACUGCACUCCAACCUCUCCUCAAACGUUUCCAAGAUCCGCCUGCUGACGCUGAGGAUCCUCUCCCAGUUUGAGGCUGAGCUCCCUCCGCAGAGCGAGGAUGACGAGAGUGUGGAGACGCAGUCGGUGUUCGCCGUCUGCCUGUUGGCUGAGCUGGUCCCAGCGUCGGUGCAGGACUACAGGGAGAAGCUGCUCCACCUGCGGAAGCUGAGGCAUGACCUGGUGCAGCGCAGCCUGCCACAGGGGCCGCCCGCCACCUUCCAGCAGGUCCCUCUGCGGUAUCUCAUUGCCAUGCUGUUUGUCAACUUCCGGCCGCUGUGGGAUGCAGUCAUUGAACUCGUGGUGAGCCAUGCCAGAGGAAUGGAGAACAAAGACUUCUGGGGGGUUUAUUAUGAACAUCUGGAGAUGGUGGCAGAGCUGGCAGAGACGGAGUUGGAUGUGACCGAUGACGGCGAAGAAGAAGAAGAAGAGUCAGCCCCCCGAGCCGAGCCCGGCUGCAACGUCAUCGAAAGCGGCGACGUGGGCGUGCUGUUCCUGGAACGGCUCCGGCUGACCUCCGACCCCGACGAGAGGACCGACUUCCCCAACUUCCGCGACCUGCUGUGGCGAGCCAUGGCGCAGUUCCCGGACAGGGUGGAGCCCCGGAGCCGAGAGCUGAGCCCCCUGCUGCUCCGCUUCAUCAGGAAUGAGUUUUAUCCCGCCGACAUGCUGGUCGCACCCACCCAGGACCUGAGGAAAAGAAGCGAAGCGUUUCAGGAGGGGUUGGAGGGGGAAGAAGAAGAACAACAACAGGAGGAAGAGGAGGAGGAGGAGGAGGAUACUAAGCAUCAGAGGAAGACUCUUCCAAGGAAAGCUGCUGCAAAGCAGCUGAUAACACAUCUGAAGGUGUUCGCCAAAUUCACCAACCCUCGGGCUCUGUAUCUGGAGAGCAGCCUCAGUGAGCUCUAUAACCAGCUGCUCUGCCAUCAGGACCAGCAGAUCCAGUGUGUGGCACUGGAGUGCGUCCUGACCUACAAAGACCCCAACAUUGUCCCCUAUAAGGAGAAUCUUGAGCGGCUGCUGGAUGACAGACACUUCAAAGAGGAGAUCGUGCAUUUCAACAUUUCCGAGGAAACGGGAGUAGUCGACGCUUCCCACAGAGGCAGACUGAUUCCACUGCUCAUGAGGAUCUUGUUUGGCCGUCUGCGCAGUAAAGCCGGCAGUAAGUUCCAGGGAAAGGCGAGCGCCGCCACGCGGUCUGCCAUCAUUCUGCGAUUCCUGGCGGGGAGCCAAUCAGAGGAGCUGGGGAUGUUCAUCGACCUGCUUCUGGAGCCUCUGAGCCAUUACAGCCACGGAUCCUGCCUGGAAGCGGUGGAAAAGGCCAUCGCUGACACAAACAUAGCCGCCGUCCUUCCUCUGGGCCGUCAGCACAGCCUGCUGAACAUCAUCAACGUUGUCCUGCACAAGCUGGGCCACCUCAUCAACAUGUACCUGCCCAAAGUCCUGCAGAUCUUGCUGUGCGUCACCGCCUUCUUGUCCACCAUCUUGGACAAAAGACAACAGCUUCGACCAGGAUGUUUUAGCCCCCUGAAGAACCUGAGGAGGCUGGGUAUUCUCAGGAUUCAGGACUUCUUCGACACGUUCGACUCGUACGCCUUCACCCCGGAUGAGAUCGACGGCGUUUUCCAGGCUGUCGUCUGGCCUCAGGUGUGCCGCCUCCCUACGGAGAGCCCCUACUCCCCCACGCCACUGCUCAAGCUCAUCCACGUGUGGUGCAAGAACUCCAGGUAUUUUCCCCUCCUAGCCAAGCAGAGGCCAGACCACCCAGAGUGCGACGUCCUCCUAAACGUCUUCGCCCUCCUUUCUGCCAAAAACGCAUCCCUGGCCACCGUCGCCAUGGUGAUGGACAUGCUCGAGUCUCUGGCAACAGCCAAAGAUUUUGUCGCCUCCGAAGCAGAGUCUGAGGUCGUCGUGAAUGGCUGCGUGUUCCCGCAACCUCCAGAGGGCGCCGUCAUCACAGAAGAAUCCCUAUCUCAGGGCUCCAGUCUGCUGCUGCCUCACAUCACCACCUUGCUGCGUUAUUUCAGCGGAGUAGUUUGCAACACGGACAGACUCAAGAAGAAGAAAUUCCGAGCUCAGGUAGCCAAAGAGCUCAACAUUCUCUCCAAGGUGAGCCGAUUUGUGAGUGACAAGGAGCAGAGCUCGAUGCUCAUCAACCUUUUGCUUCCUUACCUCCUGAGAGGCAGCAACUCUCAGGAGACAGAGCUGGACCUCCUUGCCACCAUGCAGAACCUGCUGCGGCAGAGUGACCAGCCCUCCACCUUCCUGCGGCCGCUUGGAAAACUCUUCGCCAUCAUUCACAAGAAGUUGCCCAGACAAGCUCUCACCACCGUUUACCAGACUCUGUCAGAUCUGGACCCUUCGCUCACGUACAUCACAGAUUUAGCAACAAAGCUGAACGCGUUCGACAGCCGCCACCUGGAUGAGAUCUACUUUGACGUGCGGUUGACAGCUUUCCAAGAGGCGUCAAAGCGGGUCAAAGACAUGCAAACUCUGGACCUGGACUACAUCAGCAUCCUCAUAUACAACUGCUUCCACACAUAUGAGAUCGGCGACAUGUCGCUGGGAGACAACGCCACCCUGUGCAUGUCGGCAGUGAUCAGCCAGGUGGCGGCCGUCGGUGCCGGGGUGCAGAUCUACAGAGAUCUGAUACAACACACCAUCCUGGACGCCGUUCACAAGGGGCUCCACAGCAAGACCGAGAGCGUCCAGCAUGAAUACACCUCGGUCCUGGCCUGUCUGGUGAAGAACUUCCCCACUAAGAAAGAGUUCAGAGACUUGGUGCAGCUGACGGACUACAACGACCCGGAGUCGGACUUCUUUGAGCACAUGAAGCACAUCCAGAUCCACCGUCGAGCCCGCGCACUGAGGAGGUUUGCCAAGCAGUUGACCGAGGGCGCCGUGACGAUGACCCCGCGCUCGCUUCAGAACUACAUCAUGCCGUACGCCAUGACCGCCCUGCUGGACGAGAAGAUGCUGAAGCAUGAGAACAUGACAUCUGCCUCAGUGGAGGUGGUGGGGGCGGUGUGCCGCAAGCUGACCUGGUCCAAAUACCUGUACUACCUGAAGCACUUCGUCCACAUCCUCCAGACGGGGCAGGCCGAGCAGAAACUGGCCGUCAGUUUGCUGGUGACUGUGCUGGAGGCCUUCCAUUUCGACCAUCAGACCCUCAGCAGAGAGAUGGAGGCUGCCAGAGCCAGAGAAGCCGAGAGCGUUGCGAUGGAUGUUGAAGACGAGGCAGAGGCCAAAGAACUGGACGCCAGCAACGACGAAGAAGCCAUGGAGACCGACUACAAGGCGGCUUCCGCCAGCGUCCCCAUGGAAACCGAAUCCGCCACACAAGCGACGGCGUCAAGAAUCCCAGCUAAGGCAGCUCCUACAGCGCCCCCUGUGUCCUGCGGUUUGCCCCAGAGCAGAGAGGAGCUGGAGUCCCUGAUGGCUGCCAUCCACCAGACGGUGAACGACAGCGUGCUGCCCCGCCUCAACAAGUGCCUCACUGCAAAGGUGAAGCGUGACAACGAGCACAAAGCGGUGAAGUCCAAAGAUGUGAAGGAUGAAGAGGUGGUGCGUAUUCCCAUCGCGUUCGCCAUGGUCAAGCUCAUGCAGACUCUUCCUCCUCACAUCAUGGAGGCCAACCUCCCGGGCAUCUUGAUCAAGGUUUGCGUCCUGCUGAGGAACCGCUUCCAGGAGAUCCGCGACGUGGCGAGAGGAACGCUGGUGAAGAUCCUGCAGACUCUGGGCUGCAGGUAUUUGCAGUAUCUACUCAAAGAGAUGCAGGGCGUUCUGGUCAAAGGCUACCAGAUGCACGUGCUGACGUUCACAGUGUACCAGCUGCUGUCUGCCAUCAGCCCAACGCUGAAGAGCGGAGACCUCGACCCCUGCAUGAGCAUGCUGAUCGGAAUCUUCAACAACGAGCUCUUCGGCUCCGUCGCCGAGGAGAAGGAAGUCAAGGGCAUCGUUUCCAAGGUGAUGGAGGCACGACACAGCAAGAGCAUGGACUCGUACGAGCUGCUGGCGCGCUUCUGCAGCAAGGAGAGCGUUGCCAAGCUGGUCCUGCCGCUGAAGGAGAUCCUGGAGAGCUCCGCUCAUCUGAAGGUGUGUAACCGUGUGGCGGCCGUGUUGCGGCGGCUGAUCCUGGGUCUGCUGGAAAACAGCGGGAUGAGCUCGCAGGAUGUGCUGCUGCUGAGCCACGGCCUGGUCAGCGAGAGCCUGCCGCUGCUCACCAAGAGGGACCGAGAGAAAGCAUCUGCUGAGCCGCCCCCUGACCCGAGGCUGCCCCCUCCCAGCUGCCUGCUGCUGCCUCCGACCCCGAAGAGAGGGGGGAAGAAAGCCGCCGUCAGCAGCCGCACAAACAUGCACAUCCUGGUGGACGCUGGGCUCAAGUUGCUCCACUUAAGUCUGAAGAAAUCUAAAGUGAAUUCAUCCGAGCCGUCGGCUCUGGAGAUGCUGGAUCCCUUCGUCCAGCUGCUGCUCCAGUGCCUCACCUCCAUGCACGUGAAGGUGAUCACCGAGGCUCUGGUGGCGUUCACCUGGCUGCUGAGGUUCCCUCUGCCGGCCGUGAAGCAGAACGCCCAGCAGCUGACCAGGCAGCUCUUUGUCCUGCUGAAGGAUUACUCCAAGGCCGGAGCGGCGCGGGGCGAGAACUACCAGCUGGUCCAGAACUGCUUCAAGGCCAUGACCAUUCUCGUAAAGAACAUCAAAAGCAACAAGAUCUCUGAGACGCAGCUGCAGGUGCUGCUGGGCUACGCUGAGGAGGACAUCUACGACCAGUCGCGCCAAGCCACCGCCUUCGGCCUGCUCAAGGCCAUCCUGUCCAGGAAGCUCAUCGUCCCAGAGAUGGAGCAGGUGUUGAAGAAGGUGGCCAAGUUGUCCGUCACCGGGAGCAACAACAUGAUCAGAACUCACUGCCGACAUAUCUACCUGAAGUAUCUGCUGGACUACCCUCUGGGGAAGAAGCUGAAGUUCCACCUGGACUUUGUGGUGGCCCAGCUGCAGUACGAGCAGGACACCGGCAGGGAGUCUGUGAUUGAACUGCUGGCCUCCAUCUUCCAGAUGUUCCCUCAGAAACUUCUGGCGCUGUACAGCAGCCUGUUCUUUCCUCCACUGGCUCUGAUUGUCGUCAACGACGACUCUGUGCGCUGUAAGAAAAUGGCCGCCAUGGCCAUUAAGACGCUGCUCGGCCAGCUGGACGUAGACCACCAGAACGUGCUCUACUCCUAUGUCAACACCUGGCUCACUGCAGAAAAGGCCACGCUGCGGCGCGUCGGCGCUCAGGUUUGCGGAUUGUUUGUGGAAGUGGAGGAGGAGAAAUUCUCCAGUCGGUUGGACGACCUACUGCCUCUGUUGGAGAAAGAGAUCCACCCUGACGCCUAUGAAGAUAUUGAUGAGGUUGAGGAGGAGAAAGGAGCCGACCGGCUGCUGUUCAGUUAUCUCACCCUCAUCUCCAAAUUAAACAAACACUGCGGUUUGCUGGAGCUCAGGAAGCCUUGCGACACGCUCCUUCACGUCUGGGGUCACGUGGAAGCCCACCUGCGGCACCCUCACUGCUGGGUGUGGCUCACCGCCUCGCAGCUCUUCGGUCAGCUCUUCGCCGCUCAGCCGGCCGAGCAGUUGGUCGCCGUUUGGAGGGGAAGGAAGGGAGACGCCUCGUCUCACCCGGCGGCUGUAGACUUCAUCACCAACAACCUGGACAAGAAGAUGAGAGAGUUGGCUUUGAGCUUCUGCAGCCAGCUGCAGUCCAAGUUCCUGGACACGGCGUCCGGAGAGCAGGUGAUCAAAAACCUCAUCUUUGUUGGAAAGGUGAUUUACCUCAUCUCCCCAGAGUCUCACAUCACCUCUCUGGAAGAUGGGAAAACUGAGACGGAAAAUGGAGAGGAUGGCGAUCAUGAAGAAGAACAGGAAGUGGAGGAGGAGGAAGAGGUUGAUGAUGAAAAAGACAACAGGCCCCCUUCUUUGCUGUGGCUCAUGAAGAAGCUGUCUCUGAUGGCGAAGAGAGAAGCAGCAUACGCUCCUAAGGUUCCUUUCAAGAGAACGUGUGUGUUUAAGUUCCUGGGAGCCACAGCAGUGGACCUGGGGAAGGAGCGCCUCGGCCCCUACCUCACCACCAUCAUCACGCCUCUGUACAGAGAACUGGACAGCACGUAUGCUGAGCAAGAUCCCACCUUGAAGAACUUGGCGCAGGAGCUGAUUGAGCUGGUGAAGAAGCAGAUGGGGCUGGAGAGAUUCUCCCUGGCCUUCUCCGCCGUCCAGAAGGAGUUCUCACAGAGGCGAGCGGCUCGCAAGAGACACAGAGCUAUGCAGGCGGUGGCCAACCCAGACAUCGCCGCUAAGAAGAAACUCAAGAAGCACAAGAAAAAAAUUGAAGCCAAGAAGAGAAAAAUCGAGAUCCUCCGGCCUGGAUAUAAAGCCAAGAAGCAUCGCAGUCAUGCGCUCAAAGACCUGGCGAUGGUGCAGUGAGUCAUACACAUGGGACUGAAAUCUGACUCCAAGCAGGUUUAGCUGGAAUCUGGUAUGGCCUGCUGCGUUCUUAGAUCUUCUGUUGUUACAGUAUGACAGAUGCCCUGCAGCCAUAUCACAUGGAAUCAUGUAAAUAAUAGAUCAAAGACAAUUUUAUUUUCCCGCUGUGGAUCAAUAACGGGAUUGUCAUAAUCUAUGUUUUUGUAAAAGCGAAAUAAACCAACAUGUUUACAGAGCACAGUGGAAUAGCAGAGAUUACUUAGAUCUGUUUAAUAGAAGAUAACAUUAAUUAUAAUGUCAACCAAAAACUGGCUGUUCGAUCUGCUUUAGUUGUUCCGAAAUGCAUCAUUUUCUUUUAUGUUGAGGAAGUGGGUUGGGAUUGAGGAACCACUGCGCCUCUAGUGGUCAUUCAACGAACUGCAUUUUUCAGCUUUGGUCUUUACAGGAUGUCUGCACGUCGUUAAAAAGUAUUAAAUUCAUUAAAUUGUAA